UUCACCAUGCAACAUAUAUUAGUGGCAAGCGGCAAGAAUUUCUCACCCGCUUGCAUAUAACCAUCUAUCAUGCUUAGAACAUUGCUCGCCUCAUCCAUCCGUGUUGCCAGAUACCAUACUCUCAGGACGCCUGUGCGAGGCUUCGCCGUGACCAGCAUCAGACUCCAUGGUCACAUCCACACCCCAAAGGCGGGCGAGGAAUUAAAGAUCACCUUCAUAACCAAGGACGGGGCCCAACACACAUUUGACGUCUCCGAAGGCGAUUCUUUGUUGGAUAUCGCCCAGCACUACAACUUAGACAUGGAGGGUGCCUGUGGUGGCUCGUGCGCGUGCUCCACUUGCCACGUUAUCGUUGACCCGGAGAUGUACGAUGAGAUCCCAGAGCCAACUGACGACGAAAACGAUAUGUUGGAUUUGGCCUUUGGCUUGACCGAGACCUCCAGAUUGGGUUGCCAGGUGUAUAUGACCAAGGAGUUGGACGGUUUGAGAGUUGCUUUACCAGCCAUGACCCGUAACAUGACGGUCAAGGACUUUCAGUAAAGCUGAUGAUUAUUUAUUACCCAAAGGACGAGCCUCUCCGACAACCUAUGGUUUUUGUUUUCCAGUCAGGCCAAGUGCCACAAAAACAAUCCCAUUCCACUGUAUAUAAU